AUAAUAUAAUAUAAUAUAACAUAAUAUAAGCUGCUGUUUUGUCUACCCCCUUUCAUUUAAACUCCUCCUUCAGCACCCUUGGCCAUCAGGUUUCUAUAAAUGUGGAGCCUCUCAUGUUCAUUUGCUGGCCGCGGUGGAGAAGAAUCUACAAGAUACAGAAAUAGCAGGGCAGAGUCCACGUUACCUACAUUAGUUUGUCACCCUGAACGUAUUAUUAGCCACUUGGAAGUGAGUCUGUUUUCUUAUUGCAACACACAGCUGCAAAGUGUAUUUGACAUGGCAUCUGAUGAGAGAAUGAAUGCUGAUGACUGCAAUGGACGCUCAUAUGCACAAGGUAAUGGAGGAGAGUCAUCAAUGGAGCAGGACUUUUAUGGCGGGACGCAGGGCCCCUCUGCGAGAUCUCCAAACAGUCAGCAGUCCUCACCACACCGAUCCCUCAGUGCAAACUCCAUCAAGGUUGAGCUGUGCAGUGACGAUGAGUCAUCAGGUGCCCAACGGACAGAGAACAAAGAGGCCGUGAGGGGCGACAGGGGGAAGGAUGACAGAGGGGAGCCCGCGGAGGAAGGGAGCGCAGAGUUUGGAGCUGCGCGAGAGAAGGCGAGCAUUUACAGCGAGAUGGCCAGUCCAAACUCCGCUUCACCUGGACCCAUCCGGCUGCCCAACGGCAAGCUCCAGUGCGAGGUGUGCGGCAUGAUCUGCAUCGGACCCAACGUGCUGAUGGUGCACAAGCGCAGCCACACAGGUGAGCGGCCAUUCCAGUGUAACCAGUGUGGCGCUUCCUUCACCCAGAAGGGGAACUUGCUGCGCCACAUUAAGUUGCAUUCAGGAGAGAAGCCUUUCAAAUGUCCCAUUUGCAAUUACGCUUGUCGCAGGAGAGAUGCUCUGACUGGACAUCUGCGCACGCAUGCAGUUGCUUCUCCGACGGUGGGAAAACCUUUCAAGUGCAGCUACUGCAGUCGCAGCUACAAACAACAGAGCACACUGGAGGAACAUCUUGAGCGUUGCCAUAAUUAUCUGAAGACUCUGGACCACCAGGCUGCAGCCAAGACGGCACAAGGUGAAGAGUCUGUAAAUAUGGAGAUGGUUACCAAACCUGCACUCCAGCCAUCCAAUGAAAAAAUCCAGUUUGUGGAUAGACUGUCUAUUAGCAUCACCAAACGCAAGAGGUCAACACCACAGAAGUUUUUGGGUGAAAAGCGCAUGCACCUUGACCCACCCGAAGCACCUUACGAAUUGUCCUCUGGCUCUGAGAAGGACGGGGAUCUCAUCAGCUCUCAGUCUGCUGGGGACUCCGCCGGGCUGGCGCGCUCGCUCCUCCACUGCGCCAGGGGUAAAGGCGAGAACCACGAGUCGUCUACACUGUCUCAGCUCCACCCUGCCUUCCUGUCAGAGCUCCGCACAGUUAUGGGCUCCAUGAACAGCAACGUAACUCCUCAGGCCCCCCGGGCCCAUAGUGGAAGUGGGCUGGCGGCAGUGUCCCUCGGCCUGGCUGGUCGGGAGGCGGGUGAAGGCCGGGACGACCAUCCCUCAGCACACAGCCACACCACCUCACCCAACGGCUGUCCCGAUUCUACAGACACAGAGAGCACAGCAGAAGAGCAGAGCACAAGGGCUACAGCCCCGACAAGUACCUCCAACAACCACCACCUCCACUACCACACCCCAGCACUGCCCCGCAGUCAUCCCACUUCCAGCCCCAGCCAGGCCAAAGACUUGGACCCAGAGGGGGAGAGAGCAUGCCCUUCGUACCCCACAAUAGUAAAGAGGAGCCCGGGUUCACCCCUCUCUUCCAGGGACACUGUGCAAGUGUUGGACAGGGACGGCCGGCCCGUGCGCUACUUCCACUGCCGGCACUGCCGCAUCCUCUUUCUGGACCAUGUCAUGUUCACCAUCCACAUGGGUUGUCACGGCUUCCGCCAGCCGUUCGAGUGCAACAUCUGCGGCCACCGCAGCCAGGACCGCUACGAGUUCUCGUCUCACAUCAGCCGCGGGGAGCACCAGGUGGGCUGAGGGGAGGCGGGCGGCUGUGCUCUGAGUUUUGUGGGCUCACGUUUGUUCUGCACCAGAUCAGUUGCUUUAAAUUCCUAGUUUAGGUAAAAGGAUUUGUGAUUUUAUUGUGAGAAUAUUUAUUAUACUAAGGCAGACGCGAGCGGAGAAUCUUUUCAUUGCACCAGUGGAGGCAAAUUACAUUCUAUGAUUGAUUGCACUCCCAUAUCGAAUCAUAUGGCAAAACUGCUGGUUUUGCUUCAAAAGUGCCUUCUUUGGGGAUUUUAUCUUAACUGAAAAAAAAAAAAAAAAAAAAAAAACAUACAAAAAAAUGUUGGGGACCUGGUGCUCAAAAAUCUUGCCUAGCCAUCUUUUCCUAAAUGAUUUUGAGUCGUUAGCACUUUUAAGAGAUCAUGCAGUUAAGAAAAAAAGCAUGGCAUUUUAAGAAUUAUGUUGCUUAGUGCACACUAAGAGCUUUGCUUUAGUGGCCGUGGAGGGUAUUUUGUGUAGUGUGUCAGGUACGCUUCAUAUGCACUGAGAGCUUUGUGCCUCUGGGUUUGGGAGGAGCCUUUGUCACGGACAAAGCACAGAAAUGGAUUGCCUUAACUCCUGCAGUGGCGCGCCGCUGCCAGGAAAACAUAUUGUUUACAGCAUGGUUUAAUAGUGCGUGAAGUCAAACUCGAAAGAGAGAAUAUUCAGGACAAAGCGACAUCAUGAACUUGAAAACGUGAGCUGAAAUGGGAUUUUUUAAAGUGAGCCUUAGAAUACUGGUGCAGAUCAGACCGUGAGCCAUGUAGUGUUUAGUGAGAGCCUGACUGAGAUGGUCCGGGGUGCUAUACCUACACAGGAUUGCACUUUUAGGUUCCCUGCUUAUAUAUGAACACCUUUUGCUGAGGCACUUGACCGCUUUACGAAUUUUUUUCUGUGAUCGUUCUACUGCACUGAUAAAUCGCAUAUUACUCACAUUAACACAUCAUUUGCAACACCGGUGUAUUUUUAAAACAGAGCUGGCCUUCUAUAUAAAAUCCUAACAGCGUUGCACUGGAUCCGCGGCCUGCACUUAAGUUUGCUGCAAAGUGCGACUGAGAAUUAAAUAUCGGUUCAGCUAAUCUUCUGUGGUUUUUCCCACUCGGCAGUUGGAGCUGAGAUUUUAAAACUAUUUCGAUAAUGUAAGCGCGGUUAAGAAAUUAUUUAAAAAUGAAUUAACAACAAAUCAGUUUGGAUCUGUUUCAGUUAUCACUUGUGAUUAUCUAUUUAGUGUUGUUCGUUUCAGCCUUGGUGUAUUUAAUCAGCUAUAUUCCAAAUCUUCUCCAGCAUAUUCCUCAAGUCCAUGAAAUGUUACCUCCUGCUUCUUUAUAGCACCCAAAUACCUUAUUGCUACAGUAUGGUGAGUUAUCUAAUAUUGUUAAUAUUGGGAACAUGAAUGAGACCAAACUCAGUAUUCUUACUUGUUAUUGUGGGUUUGCUGCUUCAUAGUUUAACUUGAUUUCCUUUAAUAGCAGGCAAAAAUGUACUUGAAACUGUUUGAUGAAAAAAAAAAGUAAUCUAAAAAUGCACUUGGUUUGAUGAGUAGAGAGAUGUGGGUGUGAAUGAAAUAUAGCAUGUGUGCUUGUCACUUUCUGCUUUUACCUGAAUUGUUAAUUAUUUUUGAAACGUGAAGUAAUUUCAAGAAGUGAAAAUGAGGCAUGGUUUCUUUUUUCUUUUUCUUUUUUUUGUCUCCUUGUGUGGACUCAAUGUUAAACAAUAUUUUGUGAAUGAUGUAACAUGACAAAACACUUUACCUCAAAGUUAAAGAUGUACAACUGCCUCAUUAUUUCAAGAAGUCAUGUUGCUUUCCAAGAUGAUCUUGCAGUUACAAAUGCGUACCCCUCGAUAUUCUCAAAACUUUUUACUGUCAAUAAAGUUACAUUUAUUGUAAACUGUGA